UGAAUGGGUCAGUCAUCAGUCCUACGGCCGGCCACGGGAAGGUAUUGUCUUAGCUGAGCCGUCUUCAAUCAAUUCCUGACAUCAUAGCUAUUAAAGUCAGAUCUCAAUUGCUUGGAAGACGUUAUGCUUCAAUGAAACCUUUCAUCUCAUCAGUGCAUCUAUGUACUUGAAUUCACCGCGAAAUAAGGACGCCAAUCGAGGCUACAUGUUAUAGGGGUAAGACUGAAACAGCAUUUCUUCCUUAUCCGCGUCACCAAGAGUGAGGACAAAGCUACGUGAGAAACGGAUAAGUUUUUUUUUUUUAACGCAGUGAUUUUGAGAUCCACUCACACCGAGAUGGACCACUACUCUUAUCCAUAAGUGCGCCAGUGGAUUCUUCAAGAUGUUCGGGAUGUGGCUCUCCUAAAAUAUCCCGUCCGAGAACACUUCCGUAACCUAAACAAGGACAAGAUACAAGUGACGAAAUUCCUAUUAGUCCAUUUCAUAAGGGCAUGGCAUUGAGUAGUCUGUGUAACACAAACUCUGAUGUCCAGGGCUGUAACUGGUCCUUCCUCGAAGAUGUUGGACGGGCUGUUAUAAGCGAGGUUUAUUCGGGCUAGACAUUGUGAACUAAAAGGAUUUGGACUCAGGGCGGCCAAACGCCCUAAAGGCCCAUCGGAUACCAACAACUACAGUAACGGUCAUCUUCGGAUUAAACUGAAAGUCAACAUGGAGGCUAAAAAAGAGCACGGCCUGUUUAAGAAAUGCGAACGUCUUUUGGUGUUAUGCAUCUUCAUGUAUAUCGUGUUCAUCGUGCGCAGUUAUUUGUCAAUAGUGCAUGUUAUCUUGAAUCGUAUGGUUGGCUACAACAAGACUGAAGUUUUGCCCUAUGAGGUUGGAAACGUGUCUCUUAUUCAGCGCUCAGGACUACCCAACUACGACCUCUUCCUUCCCUCCGACGCUGAACACCCGUCCGCGCGAUUUUAUUCCACCUGGAACGUAAACGCCUCGACAUUGCCAAGUAAGAAGUCAUCGGACCGCAAGAAAGUUAUCAUUUGGAACCCGACUUCCAGGUGGCCAACCCCAAACGCAAUACCGUGUCUCUCCCUGCCUCAGUGUGAAUUCGUUAAAAAGAAACGGAGGACGAUCAAGACUGAGGAUGCGGACGCCAUCAUCUUCCGAGGUAUCCAUGGGAUUCCACGUAAGUACCGCAGAAGCUGGUUUCCUAAGACACGGCCUGAUCAUCAGAUCUGGGUAUAUUUUGCAUUUGAAUGCCCGCACCUUACAAGAGGCAUCGACUUGAUCUCUUACGCAGGUGUGUUCAACUGGACCAUGACGUACAGAAAUGAUUCCGACAUUCUCGCGCCGUGGGGCCAUAUCACCCAGGUCUACAAAGCACUGGCUGAAAACCCACCCACUCCAAACAAAGAUUAUGCAAAGGAGAAAAAUAAGCUAGUCAUAUGGUAUGUGACUGAUUGCUACCAGUAUUUGAGUCGCACUAAGUAUGCUACUGAAUUGGUCCAGCACAUUAAAGUGGACGUUUUUGGAGCCUGUGGGGAUGUGAAGGGCUCAUGUCCAAAGGGGGACAGGGAAUGCUUAAAGGAGCACGUACGCCAGUACAAGUUCUACUUAGCAUUUGAAAAUUUUAGAUGCAUUGAGUAUAUAACGGAAAAGUUCUGGCACAAUUCCCUUGAUUAUGAUAUCGUUCCGGUCGUAUUCGGUGCGUCAAAAGGUCAUUAUGAAAGAUUCACUCCACCUAAUUCGUUCAUUCAUGUAGACGACUUCGAGUCCCCCGAGGCGUUGGCGAAAUACUUGAACUAUCUCGACCAGAACGACGAUAAGUAUAACGAAUAUUUUGCUUGGAAAACCAAACCUCCAAAAAACCUGCCCGAGCUUUUUGAAUCCAGAUUUUGCGACGUCUGUAAGAAACUCCUGCGGGCGUCACCCACGGAGAGAAAGGUGUACACGGACCUGGACAGGUGGUGGAGGGGUGAAAACUAUGAGUACUGUGAGCCAAUCGUGUGGGACGGGAGACUUAAAGGUAAAAAUAAUGCAGUACGUUUCCCCUAAUGUAGAUAUAUAGUUUUCAUUACGUCCCAUACAAUUAAUCACGGUGUUAAUAGCAACGGAUAGCAUUUAGUGGUCAUUUCUUCAUAUCGGUACCGAACAAAGCUGCAUGGCAACAAUUGAUGAUAUUGCGAACAGAAUGAUGUAAUGAGAAACCUAGCUGGCUAGGGCUUAGGUCAUAACAUUUCUAAACCGGGGUCCCGACCGGACAGCUUUCGGGAAUAAUAAUUUAAAAGACAUCAAAAUACACGAAAUGACAAAGUAACAUUAAUGGGCAUGGUUUGUGUUAAACUUCUAGGUAUACAUAUUAAUUUUUCGUUUAUUAAAACAUCCCGGCCGGGCCCCGGUUUGGAAGUGUGACCUUAGCCUAAACUUGGUACAUUCACUGUGAAGAAAUGUAAGAAGAACAUCUUACUAUUACCUAUAGCUAGUACAACAUAUACUAGGUAUAUGCUGAGUGGAUUUACUAAUAAAACAAUAUGUUUCAUUACAUUGCUUUUACUUAGUAUUUACAAUACUCGAUCCGCACAGACAGUAAAGAUUGGUCGAAAUGUGGUAGACUAAAGGUAGAGGAAAUGCAGAAAUUGUUUACUGUACAAAUACUUCAAAGCAACAAGGAUGUUGUUAGAACCGCCUUGGUCAAAUGAUAUUUUGAUGAUAGAAACUGCAUUGUACGUAGUAAGUAAACUCUACAUGUUGAUACAAUUCUUUGUACGUAUGCUUUGUUGUGAUUUGAUACAUGUAGUUAUAGAAGCUGCGAAAGUCAUGAUACCUUUGUAAUCAUGCUAAAUCUAAAUAACAAAUCAUCCAUAGCUUCCUGAGUUAUGCUGUUCAAGGACAAACCACAAACUUGCUAUCGAAAAUAUAAUGUUCCUGACAAAAAGCCUUUGCACACAAAUGCGCAUUUCACCCAUGAGCAGUGGAUAGUUUGCAACUGCUGAGUAUGAUGCAACAGUUAAAUGUAUGAAAAAAUAAUCGUUACUGUUGCUUGUCAUACAGUGAUCUUCACAAAACUCACCCGCUAACUUUGGACUCUGUACAGAUAUCAGGUGGGGUCAGUGACCAUCAUGCUGUUGACCUUUGCUCCGUAUCGCAUGCCGCCUUACGACAAACUCAAUUCAACUUUGCAGAUUCACAAGCUUAAACUUCCACAGUAAACUUUAGAGUUCCACAAGUUGCCCAAAUAAGUAAAAAGGAGGACGAAAAUAAACACGACCAGAUAAGGGUAGCAAACAUGACUUUUUUCCACAACACCAUCAGAAUUCACAAUUACUGUGUACAGAAACUAUCUUUUGGAAGUUGUUAGGAGCUAAUACAGCUUAGUACUAGAGUAUACAUAACAUCCACAAAAUAUCACUUGAUAAGAAGUAUUGGUAUUAAUGAAAACAAUACAGCAUAAGGUUUUAGACUCAUAGCACAUUUUCCCAUACUUCAACACACCAGAGUAGUGUAUCAACUCUUGUGUUACAUCUUUGGAUUCAGUGGAUUUUAAAAAAGGCACUUAGUCAGUUGACACAUACUGAAAAAAAGAAAAUGAAUUAAAAACAGGACAAUGAAACAAUUAUUUACUUUUGUCAAGUCACGUAAAUACCCCAUAGUUCUCAAUCUUAAUUUUCAUGGUCUACAUAGGUUUCUUACUUGCACCAUUCAAGUCCUAAAUAUACAAACAACUCUUUGCUUCCUUUGGUAUGAGUUUUAGGCAAUACAUUUUGAUUCCCAAACGGGUGUUGAAUAUCUUCUAAAAUCAUUUUUCCUCACUAGAACAGAAAAUAUGAACGUCUCCAUUCAAUUUCAGGUAAGGCCAGUCAAUCGUAAUUCCUAGGAGAAUGAGCUCUGCCUUGAAUGUACCAAAAUUGCUGUAGACCUUCCUUUACAUGUACAUGUACAUGUACAUGUACAUUGUAUUACAUUAUCAUCCAGGUUCCACUGGACCAAGAACAGUUUACAAACCUGUCUGUACAUUCAUCAUUGUGAUCAUAGUUUCAUGUCUUUAUUUUACUGUAAAUCAAACGUCUGAAAAAGAAGAAGCCAACUUUUCUUGUCAUUGUCUAGUACUUAUGUUACAUGUCUUACAUGCCAAACAGUUGCUACUGUCUGAAGUACAAUAUUAUAGAUAAAAUAGGUCUGAGCUAUGCUCAUGUACUACUUAUAAGGGUUGUCAUCUGUCCAAAUUCUAGUCUAAUCCAGAGUAGUAAUAAGUUAGCUUUAAAAAGGUUUAGAGGUUGUUUUUCACUGUUAACAUGGUUGUUGGCUAGCUGACCAAAUUUGAAAAGAUUUGGAAGAAAAUAACAAUUUCAUCUGAGACCAUGGUUUUUCACCAUGAUUGUGGUACAUUGUAUCAGCUGUGAGGUCAUCUGAUACAGGAUGGUUGGAUUAUAACAUUGCAUCUAACAUUGCAUAUUUUAUCAACAGCUCAAUCUCCAAGGAAUUUUUAGCAAGCCUGUCACAGUAAAUCAAACAUAUCUUCACUGAGUUCCAUAACAUUUAACAAAAGCCUCAUUUAUAAACACUGUUGUGCAGUGAAAAUGUACUGUACAGGCUCACUAAGACAAAGCAAAGGAAACUAUCUUAAUACAAACACCCAUUCAGAACAACAGGUAACUUUCCAUUAAAAGAUAUCUUCUGUUCGUGACAAUUCUAAGAUAUAUCUUCCCACAC